UGGCAUAGGGGACGGCCUUCUAAGAGCUGAUGCCCCAUCUCCUCACCCCAUCUGGCCUCUCCCCAUUCUCACUUUCCCAGAUCCACACGUAUGUACCUGUCCUCCCCACCCCCCCUAAUGGAUGGAUCCUGAUGGAGGAGGAGAAGAAGGGAUGGAUCCCUCACACCCCGUGCUUCUUCUCCACGGAUACGCGCCUAGACGGAGGAGCAGAGUGCGUGCGUCCUCCACGGAUCCUGCAUUCUUCUCCAUGGAUCCACGAUGGAGGAGAACCAGCCGCUGCGGAGGAAGAAGUUGUACGCUCGCCACCGCCCUUCACCACGUCUCGUGCCUCCUCUCACACCGGUGCCGCGACCUGCCUCAUCGUCUGGAUCCCCUCGAUCUGGACAUGUCGUGCUACAUCCCUCAACCUCAAGGUAAGUGGGUUGUGUAAGCUGCGUCCACCAUGCUCCACUCCUUGCAUGGCCUCUGCUGCCUGAAUGCGACCACGGCCGAUCCGUCCACGUGCGGACGCUCCAGCCUUAACAGGAUCUCCUUCCACUUGCUGGCGUACUCCUCACGUGGACGCCCGCCACGAUCUGGAUGUCACACCGCCUCAGCAGCCUAGCAAUACCCAUGAAUUAGGUAGUUGUUAGUACAAUUAACCAUGUCGAAUUCAGUACGUUUUUCAACCCUUUUGAAUGAAGAGAUGAAUCUGCCUCUGGUGGUGGGAGAAAGACAAUGCCAGUUGGUGCUAUUGUUGUUACACCCAUGACGCAAGCUCCGGUGUCGCCGUGAUGUUGGUUCGGGAAGAGGAUGCAAACACUACAACUCUGAACUCCACAACGUACAUUCCUCUCAUUUUGUUGCUAUUGUAGUGGAGCCCCUAGGAUGCAUGCAGCACAGACGUUGGUUCUUCCAAUCAAGAAACACGAAAUCUGCCACCGUCGUUUCUCUAUGUGUGCUGGUAUGUUUUGUGUGUGAUUCAAAGUUUGACAACUGGCAUGAUGUGAGAAAAAACAUCGGUGGAUACCUCUCAUCAAUUGCUCAUAGUUGGUUUGUUACUUUAGUGUUUAGACCGAUGAGUGAAUCUACAAGUAAUGUUAAUAAAACUGUAACCUUCAUUGCAGGACAAGUUCUACCUGAAUCUCA